AUGGCAAAGCAAGUGCUCAAGUACCACGACGUACAACUGUACGAGUCGGAUGUAGCGCUGUUCACAGGUUCUCAGUGGCUUAAUGACAAUGCCAUCAACUUCUACUUGCAGUACUUGACUCAGACGGUGGUUCCACAUGACAUGCUACUGAUGGAUCCGGCAGUAGUGUCAUGUUUGCUGCACCAGUGCAAGGAUGAGGACGAAUACAAGGAGUUGGCAGACGGUCUUGACUUGAAAAGUAAACGAAUCUGCCUGAUUCCAGUUACAGACAAUGUUACAUUGGGUGGAAAAAGUAGCCAUUGGUCGCUUCUUGUCUACCGCAAUGGAGAUUUUCAACACUUUGACUCGAGUUCGGGCCAUAACAAAACUGCGGCACAGCGCGUAGCGAAUUCUUUUAAAUCAAUACUGCAAGCAGCCGGAAGGAGCGACGAAUUGAAAGAUUUUACUCGAGUCCAGGAAGUACAAGACGCUCCGCAGCAGCAAAACAGCUAUGACUGUGGUGUAUACGUUCUAAUUGCAGCUGAGUUCAUAAGUCUUCAACAUAAAGGCGAGAUAGAAGUGAUGUAUCUGAGAGAUUAUGCAACACCUCAGAGAGUGACAGCUUUGAGAAUGCAGAUGCCCAAACUAAUAAGAGUUAAAAUGCAAGUUGCGAUAGUACAAUAUGAUCCACAGCUUGGACAGGUGAAGCGUAAUUUGGAUUAUGUGAAUCAAAUGGUGGCAUCGCUGUGUAGAGAAGACAAAAUUGACAUUUUAAUGCUUCCAGAGAUGGCGUUUACGGGUUACGUUUUCAAAUCCAAAGCUGAUGUGACCCAAGUGGCCGAGGUGGCAGGUAAAGGACAAACCUUCAACUGGUGUCGGCAACAAGCGCGACGGCUGCAGUGCAUAGUAACUUGCGGGUAUGUGGAGAAAGAAGGAGAGCUGCUAUAUAACUCCAUGUUGGUUGUAAGCCCUGACGGCGAGCUCGUGUGCAACCCGCGUAAGACGUUUCUGUAUGAGACCGACAAAUCAUGGGCAACGGCGGGUAAAAGCUUUUACACAUGGGACUGUCCGUGGCUUGGCAAGACCAUUUCCUUUGGUAUAUGCAUGGAUAUUAACCCAAACGACUUCAAAGCUCCUUUCUCCGCGUACGAAUUUGGAACACAUGUCGUGGAAAACAAGAGCGACCUGGUGCUAUUCGCAUGUGCCUGGAACGACUUUGAAAACCAUGAUAUAGAGCCGUACUCAACAAUUUCCUACUGGGCCCAACGUCUUUUUCCGGUUAUACAUUCGCUACAAAAAGGCGAGUAUGUUAAAUCUAACUGCCAUUUCCUAUGCUCGAAUAGGAUUGGAACCGAGAAUGGCACGUUUUUCGUUGGUUCAAGCUGUAUAUUGUCACUAAAAGAGCCUGCUAUAAUUGCACACGCUGGACGUCGCACUGAGGAGCUACUUCGUGCUGAGAUUCCUCACCAGUAG